AUGAGGAUCUCUGGCCGGGCGUCCCGCGCUGGGGGAUCAUCGACCACUUUGGCGAUGUUGAGGAAGUCCUUGGUGGAUGGCGUGGAGCUCCUUUGCGUCGUCAUGCUCGUUCGCCACGGAGAGCGUACGCCGAAGCAGAAGAUCAAAGGCAAGCUGACUUUGAGCAACUGCUUCCAAGACUGCCUCCCCAGCUCGGAGAAGGCCUUCGACAUGACGCUGAAGGGGGUCUCCGGCUCGCAGGAUAAAGUUCGUACGUCCACUGCGCAGGAGAACGGUCAACGCUUCCGAGAGCGAACCUUCGCCGGUGAGGAUGUGGCACAGCUCCAUACUUCGCUUCAGCAUGACGUCAAGAUUUUUUCAUCGCGCGAGCAGCGGUGCUUGCAAACAGCAGCAGCCUUUGCUAAAGGUUUGCUCAGCCUGAACGGGGCUCUUCCCUCCAUCGUCACCGAGCUGGUCAACACACUCGACGAUGCUGAGUGGGGCGGACCCAGCGGCAACAAGGAAGGGCGAGAGGUUGAGUGGCAGAACAAGCCGUGGCAAGAGGUGGAGGAGAUGUUCGGAUUUCACGCUGAUGACUCUUUGCAUCAGCACGCCACACCCAAAGAGGCAGCCAUAAGAUUUGCCGAAGUGGUGCAGGGUCUCUACAAGGAGCUCACCAAACAGGAGUCAGUGGAGCUCUACAUGGGGGAGACAGUGACCUUGAUGAAGGAGCGGUACAAGGAUGUCGCUGGCGACCUGAUGGAUGAGCCCAGCUUUGACAUGUUUGUCACCGUACCCCACGCUUUUGACCAUCUGGUUUACGAUGUCUCACACAACAAAGACAAGCUGAGCGAGCCCUGUGCGCGGGCCAUGCAGUCGGCCUUUGAGUUCUCUGACCACCUUUGCCAGGUGGUAGCAGCUGUCGAAACGACGAUGACGGCUGACAACGUGCCGGGGAGGACCACUGGGUUCAAGGUAUUUUUCUUAAAUCGACUCCAGCGGUACCUCCGCCGUGCGGCUGGGUUGCCGGAGUCCCCACGCGAGAUGGCGGAAACGGAUAAGCCAAGGCACCUUAGCUCAGUGGAAGGGGUUGAGCCCGUUCGGUCGAGGCUCUUCUUCGGCCACAGUUCUUGGCUGCAAGGAGUGAUAACUCUGCUCUUCGGGAAUUCUUUCGCGCAAUUCUUGCCCAAGGGAGUGAACACGGACUUCGUGAAGCAGCUCCGAUUGGGCUUCCUUGCGCGUGUCCUCGUUCGUUUGGAGAGGCAUCAUCAGCCGGAGAGACUCCGCGUCGUUUUUAAGUUUGCCAAGUCCGACACGGAUUUUUCUACCAUCUUCGACUUACCUUUCGAGGAGGUUGAUACCUGGUGGACCAACGUCCUCCAGGCAGCAACCGCUCUUACUCCCGAGAAGCGCACGGAUUUUAAGAGUCUUCCGAAUUCAAGUUCAACCCUAGGAGAACCGUAG